CCUUGUCUGGCUUGACCUGCCUUGAAUGAGAUAUAGAUAGAGAGAGAGAGAGAGACCAAAGCAGCUCGACCGUACCGACCAACCAACCAGCCAGCCAACCGACUGACUGAGUGUGCUGCGGUUCCUUUGGCCCCAAAACGGACUGACUACAUCAAGGCUCACCGUCGCCCUCUCUCCCGGCCUUUCCCCCAGUUCUGCCUCUCUAUCUACCACUCCAUCGACCGGCUAGCCUAUAUUUCCCACUAUCGACCACAGCCACUGCCUACAUUGGCCGUCACGACAUCAUCAUUAUCUCGGCACCUCGGCAUCCUCCACACUUUGGCACUAAAAUUUCCACCUGCCUGACUCAUCAAUCAAGGCCACUCCAACAUCAACACCACCAGCAAUUUCGAAACUGCCCGUCCUUCUCUCUCACUCCUUACGCCCAUCCGACCUCUCACUCUCAUUCUUGCAGGACUCCCAAUCCCACUUUUCCCACAUACCUACUUCCUUGUAAUUAUCAACCCCCCACUCUUUCGUUCAGCAUGGCCUUGUCACACAUGUCCAAGGAGGAAUGGGAAGAAAUCGCCCAGACCAUCCCCGCCAAGGACGAUGCCUUCAUCCAGAAGUACAUGACCGGCCGCGAGGCCCUGAUAGCUGAGGAGAAGAGAUCACGAAGCGACUACUCGUUCCGCCAGGGCCUGUCGCCAAUCGCCCAAAAGGCAUGCCGGAUCGUAGACAAGAUCCGCGAGGAGGAGCAGCGCACGCUAUGGACGUACGAGUACGAGGACCAGCUCGCGGUGCGCGAGAACUGCACCAUGCACAGCGGCAUGAUGUUCACCCUGGCCAAGGGCCUGAUGGAGCGCACCAAGCUGUGGCGCAUCGUGCGCCGCAUGCCCAAGGGCUCCGUCUUGCACGCCCACCUCGACGCCAUCGUCGACCUGGACUUUGUCUUCGACACCCUGCUCAGCGAGCCGGGCAUGCACAUCUCGGCCCCCGACGCCCGCCUGGGCACCGCCGAGGCGAGGGCCGACGCCGUCGUCAACUUCCGCUUCUUCGCCACGGACAGGAACCCGACCAUGUCUAUCUGGGAUGACGCCAGCUACUCCCCCGGCGAGUUUGUGCCCCUGGCCAGGGCUGCCGACUCUUUCCCCGAGGGGGGCCGCCAGGGCUGGAUCCGCUGGAUGAAGAGCAAGACUACCAUCUCUGAGACGGACGCCGUCGAGCAGCACCAUGGUGUGGACCACAUCUGGAGGAAGUUCAGCAAGUGUUUUGUUAUUAUGGGCACUGUCAUCCACUACGAGCCCAUCUUCAGGAAGUUCCUCAGGAGGAUGAUGAAGCAGUACUACGAGGACGGCGUGUACUGGGGUGAGAUAAGAUUCACCUGGCCGCUCAACUACUACCGCCUCGGCCAGGAAACCCCCGAGUCAGACUACAGCCACAUGUUCACGGUGAUCGACGAGGAGAUCAAGGCAUUCAAGGCCUCCCCCGAGGGCAAGGGCUUCUGGGGCCUGCGCAUGAUCUGGACGUCCCUGCGGAUCUGGGACCAAAAGUCCAUCGUGCAGAACAUGGACCACGCCAUCACGACGAAGCUCGAGUUCCCGCACCUGCUGUCCGGCUUCGACCUCGUGGGGCAGGAGGACCUGGGCCGGCCCCUGGCCGACGUGCUGCCGGAGCUCUUCUGGUUCCGCAAGCAGCUCGCCGAGGAGGGGCUCGGGGACGGCGCGAUGCCCUUCUUCUUCCACGCCGGCGAGACGCUGGGCGACGGGACGGCCACGGACCAGAACCUCUUCGACGCCGUGCUCCUCGGCACGCGCCGCAUCGGCCACGGCUUCAGCCUGUACAAGCACCCCCUGCUCACGCGGCUCGUGCGCGAGCGCCGCAUCCUCGUCGAGUCGUGCCCCAUCUCCAACGAGGUCCUGCGCCUCUGCGGCUCCGUCACGAGCCACCCCCUGCCCGCCCUGCUCGCGCGCGGCGUCCCCUGCGCCCUCAGCAACGACGACCCGGCCAUGCUGGGCCAGGACACGGCCGGCAUGACGCACGACUUCUGGCAGGCCCUGCAGGGGUGGGAGAACCUCGGCCUCGCGGGGCUGGGCAGCCUGGCCGAGAACUCGGUCCGGUGGAGCUGCUUCGAGGACCAGACGGGCGAGGAGUGGGCGCGCGACGUCAAAGAGGCCAGCCUCGGCGCCGGGGUGAAGGCGCAGAGGCUUAAGGAGUGGGGGGUCAUGUGGGAGGAGUUCUGCCUCUGGGUCUGUGAGGAGUAUGGCGAGGAGUACGGCGAGGAGUAAAAUGAGGAGGAGGAGGAGGACGAAGAAUAAGAAGACGAAGUGGAAGAGGAAGAGAACGCUAGGUGGCACAUGGGGAGAAAGCAACAUGGGGUAUGUGAACCCGGGCCGAGGCCCCACGGAUGGUAUCGCGCCUGGCUUGCGACAGGGGGGGGGGGGCGCAGCGGAGUGGCCCUCGAGGGCGACAAGAUCAAGAUCGCGCAACGUGGCCCGCCGGCCGCCCAAAACCCCCCACACGGCCGGUCGGUUCGGCCCCUCGAGGAGGGCGGGAAAGGUGAUCGCUGAGGUUCUCCUCGGCGGAGGAGGUCCCACCCCAUACACGGCUGGGCAGAGACGGGGGAGGAGGAGCGCCGCCUCGCGCGCGCUGCAGCGGGCACACGGAGAACGGGACCGGAUAAUACCCGCAGACGAAAACGAGACACGGCCCCGGCCCCUCAGCCGGAUACCCUCGUGCUCGUGGGUAUCCCGAGCCGGAUGUGUCCGGCAGCCCCUUGGGAGCUGUCUGUCACGGCAGGGGGUCUGUCUGUGACGUGGCCGCCGAUGCGAUGUGAUGCCGAGGGAAGGCGCGCUGGCAAGCCCAAUCGUUGACUGCUUGCUUGCUUUACCGGGAGCUUUUUUUUUUUUUACGAGGCGUCUCGGGGCCUGGGUCGGGUGUUUUGCCUGGGCGGCCUUUUUGAUUAAAAAAGAAAAACCCGCAUGUGGAAUUUCUGGUUCGGCGGAAAUGGGGCUUUUUUUGGCCUGGGGCGAAAAGACGGGUUUUUGAUGCAUUAGAUUUAUAGAGAGCGAUCCUGGCAACAGCAAGUAGUAAAGGAGUGGGAGGGGAUGGAUUGAGAUAGACCGUGAGCAAGAGCUUUGAUGCGCACCCUGGGGCGAUUACCCAGAUAAUAAUUUAUGAUGUUCACUCAGA